AAAUUUAUUUAAUAAAGUAUCAGUUAUAUAUGUUUAUUCAAAAAAAUAUUGAUAUAAAUGAAUUAAGAAUUUAGAACGAAACAAGCUAAUUUUUGUGACCUUAAAAAGCUCAAGGAUUUUUAAAAGGAAACUUUCUUACUAUGACAACAAAAUAUAAAUAAAAAAAAAACAAUAUUAAACAUAAGGGCCGAAAAUUUCAUGGAGAAAAUAAAAUGAAUUUUAUAUUUGGAAUUAUAUUCGAAAAACUUUUCCCUUUUAUUUGCAAAUAUAUGCGACCAUUUAUGAAAUGGUUUUUGCAUACUUUUACGCGCCUAUGUGAAUUACAACGAAUAUGUUACGGAGCUCAGCCGGGAGCACGUCGAACCAAACAAGUGGAAUGGUCUUUGGAAUCCUCCAACCAACCUGAUAUUAAACAAUUGAUACGGGAAUUGAAUGAAGCUGUUGAAUACUGCAGUGAAGACGAAUUAAAAAGCUUAACAUUAAAAGCAGUAAGCGUUGUGCAACGUGUUAAGCGUAUCAAGCCAAGCAUACAUCCAGAUUUUGCUCCAUUGUUUGGGGUAACGGUCUAUCAAAUUUGGAGCUAUAAACGUUUAAUGCAUCAAGUAGAACGCUUACGUUCCGAACAAUACAAUGCAGAAAAUAUAGAACAUGAGGAAAAACUAAUGGAAUUAUGGAGACAUUUAAUGCCGGAUGAGCCUUUAACAGAAAGAGUUUCUAAACAAUGGCAAGAAAUUGGUUUUCAGGGUGAAGAUCCCAAAACAGAUUUCCGUGGUAUGGGUUUAUUAGGAUUGGAAAACCUGUUGUAUUUUUCACGUGAAUAUAAAGAGGCUGCCCAGCAUGUUCUAUUACAUUCUAGGCAUCCUACUUUAGGUUACACGUUUGCAAUUGUUGGAAUUAAUUUAACGGCAAUGGCUUAUCUUUUUCUGAAGUCCGGAGAUGCCAAAGCCCAUUUCUAUAAUGUUGCUCAGAAUGCGAAACGUGCUUGCUCAUUAGAACAUUUUCAUAAAUUCUAUUGUUACUUAUUAUUUGAAUUUGAUCGUUUUUGGUUAGAAUCGGAACCAACUAAUAUUAUGGAUUUUCGUGAGAUUUAUCAAACUUUUGAGAUUAGCAUAUUGGAAGCUUUACAUAAAGAUAGCAAUGUGUUCAAAACAAAUUUAGUUAUAGAAAAAGUUUAAUAAAUACAUUCUAUGGCUUCUUUUCCAUUUGAGGUAUUUUAACAGCAAUUUUGUACUAAGAUAGUUUAUAUUAGUUUUAAAAUUUAUUAUUAGAA